CCUAGGGGAAACAAAUGUCAGUCAGUAACUGUGUAAUGUGUGUGUUUCAGCGUCUGUCCGGACUCCCAGCGCUGCUCUGGAGUCAGUGUGUGAGCACAAACACACAGCUGCUUCUCAGAGCUCUCUUCCUCAUCCUCAUCCUCCUCCUCCUCCUCUUCCUCCUGCGCUGGCCUCAGCGUCGCUCAACAAGGUGAAGCUCCUUCAGAUCCUCAGGGUUUGGUCCUGGAUCUUCAGAAAGCUCAUGUGUCUCUCGCUCUGCUUCCAGGCGCGUGAACCCAGCGGCUCGUCAGAGUUCCUGUGCUCCGUGUGUCAUAAAGUGUUUCCUCUGCAGCGCAUGCUGACGCGUCACCUCAAGUGCCACAGUAUGAUCAAGAGACACCCCUGCCGGUUCUGCGGGAAAGGCUUCAACGACACCUUCGACCUGAAGAGACACAUGAGAACACACACCGGUAUCCGUCCGUACCGCUGUGAUCUGUGUGAGAAGGCCUUCACGCAGCGCUGCUCUCUGGAGUCUCACCUGCGGAAAAUCCACGGCAUGCGACAGCAGUACGCUUACCGCCAGCGGCGCUCCAAGAUCUUCGUGUGUGAGGACUGUGGCUUCACCUCCAGCCGACCGGAUGAGUACUUCCUCCAUGUCAGACAGCAGCACCCGAGCAGCCCGGCCCUGCGCCGUUAUUACCGCAAACACAUGCUGGAGAGCCCUUCGCAGCACAGCAUCGCCCCCUUCAUGCUGUACCCGGCUGCAGGACUCUACAUGUGAAGC